GAACUCUAAAUAAACUAAAUAGACGAAUUCUGACAGUGCAAGUCGAUUGUGAAAUCGCAUACCUUACGCAUUGCGCAACUGUGAAAGAAGGGCCUUUUAUUGAAACACAGAUUUCAGGUGCGUUUUAUCUAGCAAAUGUUUAACUGAAUAAUUAGUUACGACAAAUAAAAAAAUUACAGGAUUAAGAAAUUAAUUGAUUAACUUUUUAUUAGAUUAGGAUCAUCAUCGGAUCCGGAUAGGUUUAAUUGGUACGGUUUAAUUUAAGUAAGUUCUUAAGUAGAGAUAGGUGGUUUAUUGACUAUGACUGAUAUGCGAUUGAUUCAAUCAAUUGAUUAUAUUUUCUUUAGCACAAGCCUUACCAAUGUUUGUAGCCUUGCCUAACAAUAUAGUAUAGUAAUAUAGUAAUAAAUAAUAGAUUAUAUAUAGUCAGUGUGUGACACUGACAGUCUGACAGUGACACAGUGUGUCCUUUACCUAGCAUAACAAUUUGUUGAAUCUUGUUUAUGUAUGUAUUUAUAGUCACUAUUGUUUUGAAUUAUAUCUCUGAAAUCACUCUUAAGUAGGUAUGUGAAAUUCUGACUUUUUGCAUCGCCAAUUCAAUGUGUUGCUAAAAAAAUGUUUGUCAAUGUUUUAGACAGUGGUCUGGUCGUUGUGCACUUCAAAAUUAUUUUUUUUGUGCCUAGUCUUAUAAUUGGACUCCAAAUGAGAUUUUCAAGAAAUAAUACACUUAUUUUUCUUUAUUUGUAUAUAUUUUAUGUAUCGCUGCUUACUUAUGACUAUGUUUUCAUCGGAUUAUGUGCAGUUAAAAACACUGAUUCUGUAAAGCAUUAAAAAAUUGGUAAAUGGCAAUUUAUAGAUUUUAUAUAAAUGUGUGUUAUUGAUUAACAAUUUACCCAAUGAAAUUAUUUAAUUGUGCAUAAAAAUAUCAAUUCCUUUAUAAUUUAAUGAGUGCUCAUUUGUGAAAAUAUUAUAUUCAGUAGGCCUACCUCCCACAAUAAAAUCAAUAACAGAAAGGGGGGGGGGGGUCAUGUGACCAUGUUCCUAAAGAGAGAUUGGUCAAAGCUUCUGUUGUCAUCUUUAAACCUAAUCACUAAUCACGUAAUUUAUUUGUUUCUUUUACUAAUAUUUAAUGAGUGCUCAUUUGUGAAAAUAUUUUAUUCAGUAGGCCUACCUCCCACAAUAAAAUCAAAAACAGAAAGGGGGGGGGGGGGUCAUGUGACCAUGUUCCUAAAGAGAGAUUGGUCAAAGCUUCUGUUGUCAUCUUUAAACCUAAUCACUAAUCACGUUAUUAUAUUGUUUCUUUUACUAAAGUUAAAGUAACAAGAUUAUUUUUUUUAAAUAUGCCCAUUUUGUAUGCAGUAAAACUAUUAUUAUGGUAAUUAUGGUAUUUAUUGACGUAUAACACGCCCCCACGUAUAACACGCACCUCAAUUUAAGAAGGAAAUUUCAGGGGAAAAAAACUAAACAUAUCGGCGUAUAACACGCACACAUCAUUUGCCCCCUAUUUUCAGGGAGAAAAAGUGUGUGUUAUACGCCAAAAAAUACGGUAUAUACAUAUUUAGGCCUAUAUUUUAAUUAAUAAUUUUAAUCAUAAUUAUUAGCACACAAAAAAUUUUUACAAUAACAUUAUUUGUCAGCCUAGAUUUUAUUUUCAAAUAUGCGCAUAUUACUUUGGCAAAAAAGAAGCUGGGUAUAAUUUUUUCAGACUAUGUCCCCUUCCUCCCAGUUCAUACAUCUAUUUAUAUUAGAUAUUUUAAAAAACAAUAUUUUGAAACUCUUCUAAAGCUUUGAUGGCAUUUUCCAAUUCAUUGAAAGUAUGGAAAUACAGAGUGGAGGUGUUGUCGCUAGUAUGAACUACUAAUAAAUGAAUGGAGCAAUACUUCGCCAUGGUGAUUGAAAGUCAGUUUUUAAAGUUACAGUUUUGUUUUGAUUUGAUUGGCUGGAUUACCAAUAGCUCUCUAGAAGCUAUUUGCAGUUUACUCUGAAGCUCCCUAGAAGCUAUUGAAACUACCAAUAUAAACUCUCUUUAUAAUCUAGGCCUACUAUAUUAUCUUGUAUUUAUACUCUUUCUCUCUCACUCUCUCUCUCUCUCUCUCUAUUAUAUAUAUAUAUAUAUAUAUAUAUAUAUAUAUAUAUUAAUAAUCACUAUUAGGUACUUAGUACUUCAAAACUCCUUCAUGAACUUGAUGCACUGCUCUGUGCAUGUUGAAAAAUGGUGCAAAAACUUGUAACCUAUUAUUUUUUUAAAGGUUUAUGUUAACCUCUGUAAAUAACCUUGCAAGUCAAAAUUGAAAUAAAUAGCGUUGUUCGGUCAUCUGUUUGAUAGUUAUUAGUUUCUGCUCACGUCACUUUGAAUUACAUUACUUAUCGAUGCAGUAGAUGACCAGCAGUGUUUCUUAUGUGUUUCACUGUGUUGUUUGUGCAUCAUAGUAUAGGAGUUGCCAGAAUUUUCACUGUGUCAAUGUCAUAAUGCCUACGUGACUCCAUCUCUGGGUUUUAUCUUAAAGAGAGCGACUUCCCUUAGAUGAGUUCCAAUUAACCCAUGAUGCUCAUGUUGUUUUGCUUGUCUAGACCUUUGGGGAUUGAACUCUAGGCCACAAGCUUGGGAUUGGCUCAGUUCAGACUGCUCGGCCACUUUAGUAAUAAUUAUUUUAUAAAGGCAUGGCCUACAGUUUAUUUUAAUCACAAGGUUGUUUUUUUUUCAUUUUUUUUAUUUCACAGCUUAAGUGUGUUUUCCUUUCCCUAGAGCCACGGGCAGCAGUAGACUACACUGAAAGAACAUGUCCUAUCCCAUCUAUCCCAGCGCGGUGCCAAGAGUUGCGGAUGAGUUUCUCUCCAAAGUAGACCUUUACAUUGAAUGCAAGAAUUUACUCAACAAAGAUGUCAUGUCAAAGUCAGACCCAUGUGCUGUUUUGUACAUGUCUCGGAAGGGAGGUCUACUCGAUGAGGUUAGCAUCAUCAAUUUUAUUUAACCAAGCUAUGUAUUCAUGGAGAAAAGAUAAAAUCUUAAAUGUUACGCCAAAAAAUUAUGUAAAUUGCUCAUUUAAUUUAUACAAAAGUAAAAUUGUAAAAAUGUUGAAUGAAAAGAUUUGCACUAGGAAUUUUUUUUAUGACAUACAUAGAUAAAACAUGUACACAUUUUUUUGCAUUACAAUUCUAUCCUUUCUGUCUUUCUAUACUUUCUUAGAUUGCUCGUACAGAAAACGUGAAAAACUGUUUGGAUCCCAAAUUUGCUACAGCAAUUAAAGUUAACUACUAUUUUGAAGAAGUUCAAAAGAUCAAGAUUUGUAUUUAUGAUGUAGACAACAAAACAUACACGCUUUCCGAUGAUGACUUCCUGGGACAGAUAGAGUGUACUCUGGGACAGGUCGGUCUUCAUUAUAAAAUUUGGUCAUUAAAAAAAAAGGAUUUAAUUUAGUAUGAAAUUUUCAGAGCAGAUUUUUCCCCGCAGCAUUAACAAGGAGUCAUUGAACAUUUUAAUUAAAGAAAUAGCCCAUACAGCCUAAAUAAAGCUUAUCAAUUUUACAGUGAUAUAGAACGUUCAAGUUUAAAAACUUAAGGUUGUACUUCAGAAAAUGAAAUGUAGUUGUAAGCAAGUAUCAAUAAAUGUUCAUUAAAUUUAGUACUAGUUUUAUAGAUAAUAUAGUUAAAUUUGUUCAUAUUUAUCAUGAUUGUAUUUCCAGCUGGUUUCGAACAGCCCAUACGUAAAGCCGCUUACUCUAAAAGAUAAUGUAACUAAAGCAGGUCAAGGUCAGAUCACAGUAAGUGUAUUAUUUAAACUAUACAUAAACACAGGAUGAAAUAUGUACCAUGUUGAAACUGUUCUCUGACAGCUCAAUAUAAUUUAUUAAAUUUAUCUCAAUUUGUGUUAAUGACUUUUAUUGAACUGCAAACAGCAGACAUUUUUAUCAGUUUAGUAUUUUAAAGGGGCUUGACCGAUUUCCUUUUUGCCAACAUGUCCUCUUUCCUGUCAUGCAUUCACAGACUGUUUGGUCAUAAAUAAAGUUAUAAUUCAUAUUCCACUUUAGAGCUCUCUUGAAACUAAAUAUACAUAUUUUACAAAGGUCAGGGCUGAAGAAGUCAAAGAAGGUGGGGAGGUUGCACAGAUUACUUUCAAGGCCAAGAAACUUGACAAUAAAGUAAGAGUUUAUUGUAAUUCCUCUUGUUUAUGUUCUUUCUCUUAGGGAAAACUGCUAUAAGACUAUAUGACCUUUAAAAUCCAACAUUUGUACUACUCUGUUACCUGCAAGUCGAGGGGAAGGGGGGGGGGUCUGAGGCGUCAAGUGCACCCCGUUGCACUAUAGCAUUAACCAAAAGUGCUACGUAACAGGUCAAGAUGGAAACAACAUUAUCUUACAAGUUAAGUUUUUUUUUAUAUCCAGUUUAGUUUUCUUUUAAGACUUUUGAUAAGAAGGGAUGGUGUGCAUGACAAGUAUCACAGUGCUUUUGUAGGAUGCUAGCUUAUUAUAGUCUCUGUGUGCAGGCAAUGCACUAGUUCAUUCAGCUAGAUUCUAAAGAAUUUAAAAAAAACUGUUUUUGUCAAGAUACAAAAUUUCAAGUCUGUGUCUUGAGUAUCAUUUAAAAACUUAAUUUUUUUUUUUACAUUUUUAUAAGGCAAAUUUUUUAUCAUAAUCAAUUUUCAGGAUUUUAUGGGAAAGUCUGAUCCAUACCUUGAAAUUCAAAAACCAACAAUAGAUGGUGGGUGGCAAGUCAUUCACAGAACUGAGGUGAGAGCAACUGGACUGUUAUGUUGUAUUCAUGACAUCAAUAUGCUGUCAUUAAUAAUCUAUUAGGAGCUAUCAAGGCUAAGAUUUCUAUUAUAAACUAGAUAGACUUAAAUGUUGACCUGAAUAUUGGGUUGACCUGAAUAUUGGAUAGACCUGAAUGUUGGAUAGACCUGCAGGGCCGGCACUAGGGGAUGGUGAAGUGGGCGACCGCCCAGUUUGCGGGGCUCAGCGCGUUGCCGUAGUAUAUUUAUAAUAUACCUAACCCUACUAAUAGUUCCUAAUCUAAUUCUAGGAUUGAUGGAAAUGUUGGCGAAGUUUGAUCCCACAAUGAAGGAACAUAUUCGCCGGAUCAUACUUUGUCAUUACUUGGUCACCAAAUCCAAGAUGAGUUGAUUGAGUUAAUGGCAUUAAAUGCUCAAAGCUGUCGUUUGUCUUAUUUUUUGCUUGUGUCCAGAUUACAAUGGCUCAUUCAGCUUCGUAUUUUCGUUAUUUGUUUUUGACAACCUUGAUAUUGAUAACAAUGGAGCCGCGAUGAGUCAUUUGGGCCAGAGCCAUUAACUGUUAUAGAAAAAAAUAGAAAUUUUGGAAACUAAGAAAGUGAACAAAUAUCUGUUAUGACGCGUCCCAUUAUGACCAGCAAGGCCACAGUACGACUAUAACAUGUCUUAAUAUCCUAUCGGCGGAUUAUAUAACGUCUUUGGCCCCGCAAAAUUCAAUUUGCCCAAGACCCCCGCACCCUCCUAGCGCCAGCCCUGAGACCUGAAUAUUUGAUAGACCUGAAUGUUGGAUAGAAUGCAACUUGAAUAUUUGUAUUGCACUUUGCAAGUUUGUUAUUGAAAAUACUGUAAAGAAUAGAAACGAAAGGCUUGUGUUAGUUUUGUGUAGUAAUAAAAGACAAAUAUGAAGAAUAGAAUCUUGUUUGCUUCAUCAAAAGAGUUUUAGUAUUUAAUCCACUUUAAAAGUGUCAUUACUUGGUGGAAUCAAAAUCCACUUUAAAAGUGUCAUUACUUGGUGGAAUCAAAAUCCACUUUAAAAGUGUCAUUACUUGGUUGAAUCAAAAUCCACUUUAAAAGUGUCAUUACUUGGUUGAAUCAAAAUCCACUUUAAAAGUGUCAUUACUUGGUUGAAUCAAAAUCCACUUUAAAAGUGUCAUUACUUGGUUGAAUCAAAAUCCACUUUAAAAGUGUCAUUACUUGGUGGAAUCAAAAUGCACUUUAAAAGUGUCAUUACUUGGUUGAAUCAAAAUCCACUUUAAAAGUGUCAUUACUUGGUUGAAUCAAAAUCCACUUUAAAAGUGUCAUUACUUGGUGGAAUCAAAAUCCACUUUAAAAGUGUCAUUACUUGGUGGAAUCAAAAUCCACUUUAAAAGUGUCAUUACUUGGUGGAAUCAAAAUCCACAAAAAGGUUUUCGUCAAACUUCAAAAAACUUGUUCAAUUUGAUUUUAUACUCUCCAUUGUGUGCAACCUCCAUUUAUUUACAACAUUGGCAAGCUAAAAAUAACCAAAGCCCAUUACAAUCAUUUUUUCGCAGGUGAUAAAGAAUAAUUUGAACCCCACCUGGCGGCCGGUCAACCUGUCAGUUUACAGUCUUUGUGGGGGCAAUAAACAACAGCAAAUCAAGGUAACUGUUAGUUAGAUGGCUGUCUGAUGAUUUAGUCAGAUGGCUGUCUGAUGAUUUAGUCAGGUGGCUGUCUGAUGAUUUAGUCAGGUGGCUGUCUGAUGAUUUAGUCAGGUGGCUGUCUGAUGAUUAAGUCAGAUGGCUGUCUGAUGAUUUAGUCAGAUGGCUGUCUGAUGAUUUAGUCAGGUGGCUGUCUGAUGAUUUAGUCAGGUGGCUGUCUGAUGAUUUAGUCAGGUGGCUGUCUGAUGAUUAAGUCAGGUGGCUGUCUGAUGAUUUAGUCAGAUGGCUGUCUGAUGAUUUAGUCAGAUGGCUGUCUGAUGAUUUAGUCAGAUGGCUGUUUGAUGAUUUAGUCAGAUGGCUGUCUGAUGAUUUAGUGAGAUGGCUGUCUGAUGAUUUAGUCAGAUGGCUGUCUGAUGAUUUAGUCAGAUGGCUGUCUGAUGAUUUAGUCAGAUGGCUGUCUGAUGAUUUAGUCAGAUGGCUGUCUGAUGAUUUAGUCAGAUGGCUGUCUGAUGAUUUAGUUAAAUAGAAGGUUGGCAUUUUCUAAGUACUUAGUUUAAAAGAUGAAUUGAAAUUUGUUAUUUGGCUAAUUGGAUAUCUCAUUGAGUCAAAAAAAUUUUUUUAAAGAGCCAAAAUUUUCUGUUUUAUAAGCACUGCAUUUAAUCAUAGUGACAAUAUUUCAUUUAUAUAUAAAUAAAUAUUCUCAGAUUGAUUGUUAUGACUGGGACAGUGACGGUUCAAAUGAUUACAUUGGAGGAUUUACAACAACCCUUGAAGAAAUGAUGAAAGCUUCAGCAGGGGAGGUGAAUAUCAACUUAAACUUAAUCAGUUUCUUUCUAAAUACCUACUGAAAAUUUGUAAUAAAAAAAUAUUGCAACUUCAUAAAAUUUGUAAAAAAUAUUGCAACUUCAUAUCUUUGUACUUUGAGAUGCAUCAUAGAAUGUUCCCAUCAUAAGCAGUGGGGGGUAGCAUGUCCAAGUGUAUUGAGGUCACCCCUAGGUUAGUAAAAACCAAGUAACAAUUGGGCUCCUAUCCCAAGAAUAUUUUUUUAAAGGGAAUAUAAUAAUGUAACCCCUGAAGCUGGUAGCAUUGUUUUUCCCGCUGACAAAAAUGAGCCAUUUUCUCAUGGCACAAUAGAUCAUGCACUCAAAAAUAAGUUAAUUAAUUAAUAUUUCCACGUUAGUUGGCGGGGGUUCUGAAUCAUAACACAGAAUUAUUCAAGUUUGUCCACAUUAUUUCAAAAUUCUUUUGUAAAUUUGUAUGGGCACACAUUUAAAAGAAACAUUCAGAAGUUAUUUUCAUAAAGUCAUUAAGAGACCUCUUUCUCUGCAGCUUUCUUUCCCAUGUAUAAACCAAAGCAAGAAAGCCAAGAAGAAAAGUUAUACAAACUCUGGAGUGGUUUAUGUCUCUUCCUGCCAUGUAAGCUUAUGGAUUAGUUACUAAUAUGUUACUUCAUGUCAGGUAAGCUUAUGGAUUAGCUACUAAUAUGUUACUUCAUGUCAGGUAAUCUUAUGGAUUAGCUACUAAAAUGUUACUUCAUGUCAGGUAAGCUUAUGGAUUAGUUCCAAUAUGUUACUUCAUGUCAGGUAAGCUUAUGGAUUAGUUCCUAUAUGUUACUUCAUGUCAGGUAAACUUUUGGAUUAGUUCCUAUAUGUUACUUCAUGUCAGGUAAGCCUAUGGAUUAGCUUCUUAUGUUACUUCAUGUCAGGUAAACUUAUGGAUUAGUUCCUAUAUGUUACUUCAUGUCAGGUAAACUUUUGGAUUAGUUCCAAUGUUACUUCAUGUCAGGUAAACUUUUGGAUUAGUUCCUAUAUGUUACUUCAUGUCAGGUAAGCUUAUGCUUUAGUUACCGAAAUAUGAAAAGGGAUAAGCUUACAUGACCUGGCGCUGUCCUAUCUGAAAGAGCUGCUGAUGCCUUAUGUACCCACUAGAGAGCUCUGCUCAUCCUAUAGUGGCAAACUCUCGACACCACGUGUUUGCCUUGAGACUUACGGAAAGCGCACUUUCGCAUUUGCUGGUCCAACAAUUUGGAACGCCCUUCCUGUCGUUCUCAGAAACAACCAGACACUGGAGUCCUUUAAAACCGAUUUAAAGACACAUCUAUUUCGCAAACACCUUCAGGGAUGAUUGUCAACCUUAUUUUCCAGUUAAUGCAUAAUGGCUGUGUUGCGUUUGUUUUAAAUGUGGUAAAUUGUAGAUUUGUUUUUUGUUGACUUUGUACCGCGCUUCAAGCCUUCGGGGAUGAAGCGUGUUUUUUUUUAAAAGAACUUUAUUAUUAUUAUUAUUACCAUGCUAAAAAACAGUUAAAAUCUGUAGGUACCGAUCCCAUUCUUAAAUCAUUUUCAACAUUUCUUCAGUGACUCUCUAAAAUUAUUUUUAACCAUUGAAGCCCCCACACUAAUUCCAUGUUGUUUGUUGAUUCUUGCAGCUUGUGAAAGAACAUACAUUUUUAGAAUACAUCUUUGGUGGCAUGCAGAUCAAUUUUACAGUAAGUGUCCUGGAUUUUAAGAUGCCUUAAAUAGUUGCAUAAAGAUAUCUCAGCUCUCUCUUAUUCAAAGACCACAGCUCUCUCUUAUUCAAAGACCACAGCUCUCUCUUAUUAAAAGACCACAGCUCUCUCUUAUUCAAAGACCACAGCUCUCUUAUUCAAAGACCACAGCUCUCUCUUAUUCAAAGACCACAGCUCUCUCUUAUUCAAAGACCACAGCUCUCUUAUUCAAAGACCACAGCUCUCUCUCAUUCAAAGACCACAGCUCUCUCUUAUUCAAAGACCACAGCUCUCUCUUAUUCAAAGACCACAGCUCUCUCUUAUUCAAAGACCACAGCUCUCUCUUAUUAAAAGACCACAGCUCUCUCUUAUUCAAAGACCACAGCCCUCUCUUAUUCAAAGACCACAGCUCUCUCUUAUUAAAAGACCACAGCUCUCUCUUAUUCAAAGACUACAGCCCUCUCUUAUUCAAAGACCACAGCUCUCUCUUAUUCAAAGACCACAGCCCUCUCUUAUUCAAAGACCACAGCUCUCUUAUUUAAAGACCACAGCUCUCUCUUAUUCAAAGACCACAGCUCUCUCUUAUUCAAACACCACAGCUCUCUCUUAUUCAAAGAUCACAGCUCUCUCUUAUUCAAAGACCACAGCUCUCUCUUAUUCAAAGACCACAGCUCUCUCUUAUUCAAAGACCACAGCUCUCUCUUAUUCAAAGACCACAGCUCUCUCUUAUUCAAAGACCACAGCUCUCUCUUAUUCAAAGACCACAGCUCUCUCUUAUUCAAAGACCACAGCUCUCUCUUAUUCAAAGACCACAGCUCUCUCUUAUUCAAAGACCACAGCUCUCUCUUAUUCAAAGACCACAGCUCUCUCUUAUUCAAAGACCACAGCUCUCUCUUAUUCAAAGACCACAGCUCUCUCUUAUUCAAAGACCACAGCUCUCUCUUAUUCAAAGACCACAGCUCUCUCUUAUUCAAAGACCACAGCUCUCUCUCUUAUUCAAAGACCACAACUCUCUCUUAUUCAAAGACCACAGCUCUCUCUUAUUCAAAGAUUUUGUUGCAAAUUAAAAUUAUACUUUUUUGCACCAUGAGGGGGUUCACAUAUUCAUUUGUUCAUAACCUUCUAACCUGUCCAGGUGUGACACACCUAUACCUCUGCAGGUGUGACACACCUAUACCUCUGCAGGUGUGACACACCUAUACCUGUCCUGGUGUGACACACCUUCAUCUCUCCAUUCCUGAUAACCAGCUCAUGCAACCCAUUUUCCACUCCAUGCAGGUUGGCAUUGACUUCACAGCAUCGAAUGGUAACCCUUCACAGUCAACCUCUCUCCACUACAUCAACCCUUAUGCCCCUAACGAAUACAUGGCGGCCAUCAAAGCUGUCGGGGAUGUCUGUCAGGAUUACGACACGUAAGAUUAAAUCUGGCUCAAACGUAUGAUAACACUAGUGAGAUUAUAGUAUGUUAUGAUGUAACAUAACUUUGAUCGGCCAAUGUUUUUGACAUUUGAAUUGUCACCACUCCGUUUAUCAGUGAAGCAGAUUGCCAGUGGUUGUAUAGAAACUAUCACUGCAUCAGAUUGCCAGUGGUUGUAUAGAAACUAUCAUUGCAUCAGAUUGCCAGUGGUUGUAUAGAAACUAUCACUGCAUCAGAUUGCCAGUGGUUGUAUAGAAACUAUCAUUGCAUCAGAUUGCCAGUGGUUGUAUAGAAACUAUCACUGCAUCAGAUUGCCAAUGGUUGUAUAGAAACUAUCAUUGCAUCAGAUUGCCAAUGGUUGUAUAGAAACUAUCACUGCAUCAGAUUGCCAAUGGUUGUAUAGAAACUAUCACUGCAUCAGAUUGCCAAUGGUUGUAUAGAAACUAUCACUGCAUCAGAUUGCCAGUGGUUGUAUAGAAACUAUCACUGCAUCAGAUUGCCAAUGGUUGUAUAGAAACUAUCACUGCAUCAGAUUGCCAAUGUUUGUAUAGAAACUAUCAUUGCAUCAGACUGCCAAUGGUUGUAUAGAAACUAUCACUGCAUCAGAUUGCCAAUGGUUGUAUAGAAACUAUCACUGCAUCAGAUUGCCAGUGGUUGUAUAGAAACUAUCACUGCAUCAGAUUACCAGUGGUUGUAUAGAAACUAUCACUGCAUCAGAUUUCCAAUGGUUGUAUAGAAACUAUCACUGCAUCAGAUUGCCAAUGGUUGUAUAGAAACUAUCACUGCAUCAGAUUGCCAAUGGUUGUAUAGAAACCAUCAUUGCAUCAGAUUGCCAAUGGUUGUAUAGAAACUAUCACUGCAUCAGAUUGCCAGUGGAUGUAUAGAAACUAUCACUGCAUCAGAUUGCCAGUGGUUGUAUAGAAACUAUCACUGCAUCAGAUUGCCAGUGGUUGUAUAGAAACUAUCACUGCGUCAGAUUGCUGUAUCAUCAAUUCUUUUUAAAAAAGUGCAGAGUGUUGUUUUGUGAAUGUUACUUAAUUGUAAAUGUUGAUUUUAUUUCCAAGUUUUGAAGAGCAUUUUUUGAAAAUAUUGAUCUUAGUUCCACGCAUUGUAGAACAUUUUUUGUAAAUAUUGAUCUUAGAUCCAAUUUCUUUGUAAAUAUUGAUCUUAGUUCCACGCAUUGUAGAACAUUUUUUUGUUCCAUUUCAUGCUAGUUCAUCCCAGACUUCAUUUAUAAUUUCUAUGUUUUGACAGGGACAAAAUGUUCCCAGCGUUAGGGUUCGGGGCAAUGAUUCCACCAGCCACCCAGGUGUCUCACGAGUUUGCCAUCAACUUCAAUGCCCAGAACCCAUACUGUGCAGGUAACUGUUAGCCUUGUCCCAUACUGUGCGGGUAAUGAUACCUUUACCCAUACUGUGCAGGUAAUGAAACCUUUUCCCAUACUGUGCAGGUAAUGAAACCUUUUCCCAUACAAAGAAAGGGAUUGGACUUGAUCCCAUACUGUGCAGGUAAUGAAACCUUUUCCCAUACUGUGCAGGUAAUGAAACCUUUUCCCAUACAAAGAAAGGGAUUGGACUUGAUCCCAUACAGUUCAGGUAACUGUUAGCCUUGUCCCAUACAGUGCAGGUAACCAAUAGCCUCGUCCCAUACAGUGCAGGUAACCAAUAGCCUUGUCCCAUACAGUGCAGGUAACCAAUAUCCUUGUCCCAUACAGUGCAGGUAACCAAUAGCCUUGUCCCAUACAGUGCAGGUAACUGUUAGCCUUGUCUCAUACAGUGAAGGUAACCAAUAGCCUUAUCCCAUACAGUGCAGGUAACUGUUAGCCUUGUCCCAUACAGUGUAGGUAACCAAUAGCCUUGUCCCAUACAGUGCAGGUAACCAAUAGCCUUGUCCCAUACAGUGCAGGUAACCAAUAGCCUUGUCCCAUACAGUGCAGGUAACCAAUAGCCUUGUCCCAUACAGUGCAGGUAACCAAUAGCCUUGUCCCAUACAAUGCAGGUAACCAAUAGCCUCAUCCCAUACAGUGCAGGUAACUGUUAGCCUUGUCCCAUACAGUGCAGGUAACUGUUAGCCUUGUCCCAUACUGUGCAGGUAACUGUUAGCCUUGUCCCAUACAGUGCAGGUAACCAAUAGCCUCGUCCCAUACAGUGCAGGUAACCAAUAGCCUCGUCCCAUACAGUGCAGGUAACCAAUAGCCUUGUCCCAUAUUGUGCAGGUAACCAAUAGCCUUGUCCCAUACAGUGCAGGUAACUGUUAGCCUUGUCCCAUAUUGUGCCGGUAACCAAUAGCCUCAUCCCAUACAGUGCAGGUAACCAAUAGCCUCAUCCCAUACAGUGCAGGUAACCAAUAGCCUUGUCCCAUACAGUGCAUAUAACCAAUAGCCUUGUCCCAGGUUUAAUUUAGAUUGUUCAGCUUUGUAAGUCAUUUCUUGUUUAUGCCGUUUAAAUGUUUGUUCCAGGUAUUGACGGUGUCCUGGCGGCCUACACAAACUGUAUCCAGUAUGUCCAGCUGUACGGGCCAACCAUUGUCUCUCCCAUCAUCAAUCAUGUGGCAAAGUUUGCCCAGGCUGCCCAGCAAGAGGAGGGAAUGAAAGGGGCUCAUGUGAGUCAAGGGAUAUAUAUAGUGAAAUGUUACACUUCCUACAUCAAACCACCUAUAUAGUGAAAUGUUACAUUUCCUACAUCAAACCACCUAUAUAGUGAAAUGUUACACUACCUACAUCAAACCACCUAUAUAGUGAAAUGUUACAUUUCCUACAUCAAACCACCUAUAUAUUGAAAUGUUACAUAACCUACAUCAAACCACCUAUAUAGUGAAAUGUUACAUAACCUACAUCAAACCACCUAUAUAGUGAAAUGUUACACUACCUACAUCAAACCACCUAUAUAGUGAAAUGUUACACUUCCUACAUCAAACCACCUAUAUAGUGAAAUGUUACACUACCUACAUCAAACCACCUAUAUAUUGAAAUGUUACACUACCUACAUCAAACCACCUAUAUAGUGAAAUGUUACACUUCCUACAUCAAACCACCUAUAUAGUUAAAUGUUACACUACCUACAUCAAACCACCUAUAUAGUGAAAUGUUACACUACCUACAUCAAACCACCUAUAUAUUGAAAUGUUACACUACCUACAUCAAACCACCUAUAUAGUGAAAUGUUACAUAACCUACAUCAAACCACCUAUAUAGUGAAAUGUUACACUACCUACAUCAAACCACCUAUAUAGUGAAAUGUUACAUAACCUACAUCAAACCACCUAUAUAGUGAAAUGUUACACUUCCUACAUCAAACCACCUAUAUAGUGAAAUGUUACACUACCUACAUCAAACCACCUAUAUAGUGAAAUGUUACACUACCUACAUCAAACCACCUAUAUAGUGAAAUGUUACACUACCUACAUCAAACCACCUAUAUAGUGAAAUGUUACACUUCCUACAUCAAACCACCUAUAUAGUGAAAUGUUACACUACCUACAUCAAACCACCUAGAUAGUGAAAUGUUACAUAACCUACAUCAAACCACCUAUAUAGUGAAAUGUUACACUUCCUACAUCAAACCACCUAUAUAGUGAAAUGUUACUUUUCCUACAUCAAGACACCUUUUUUUCUCAUACUUUGUCAUACCCUAGGCUGACAAAGUCUCCUUUCCACCCUCAUCUCAUGCUUUGUCGCCUUCCCCCAGGCUAGAACUAGCCAUUGUUAUCUUAUAUGUAUAUGCCUAUAUGCCCUCUUGUUACUUGAACUGACAGACAACUUGAGGGACCUCCCAAGCUUGGUAUAAUGCAAGCUGGUACUAAUUGUUUGAAUUCCUACAGGCCUACUUUGUGUUGCUACUGCUGACAGAUGGCGUGCUCAGUGACAUGGGGGACACCAAGAAUGCCAUAGUCCAGGCCAGCAAACUGCCCAUGUCGCUCAUCAUAGUCGGUGUUGGCAAUGCAGACUUCACCGACAUGAACGAGCUGGAUGGAGACAACGGCGUCUUGAAAGCCCCAACAGGUGAACCGGUCAAGAGGGACAUUGUCCAGUUUGUGCCCUUCAGGGAGUUUAAACAGGUUAGUUGCUUGUGAUCCGUUAAGGAUUUCUAAGUGUUAACAAACUUGUAUAGAUGUGUAAGUAUAUAUUGGUUUGGUUCCUGGAUUUCUAUCAAAUGCAAAUGUCUCAAGCAUACAGAACUGUACAGACUUAAAUCUUUGUUCCUAGGAGGCUUUUAAUUUAUUGAUUUCUUUGUGACAUCAGUGUCUAACUGCUCCACCUCCAAGUUUCAAUGCAAUGAUGAUAGUUAGUUAAUGGAGAAAUUUGCUUUUUUUUUUUUGUUCAGAAAUCAGCCGCAGAGCUUGCUAGUCAUGUGCUGGCCGAGGUCCCCAAACAGGUGACGGCUUACUACAAAAUGAGAGGCCUGAAGCCCAAUCAACCUAGAGUGGCCCCGGUCGGACCCCCUGCCGUGACCCCGGUCGGACCCCCUGCCGUGACCCAGUCUGCUCCUUCGGGACCACGUUGAUCUAAAUAUUAUUUAUCUAUGUUAAAGAACAAUGAUUGCAUUUGAUGUCCUGUUUGUUUUCUUGUUUCUAUGUAUUAUUAAUGUCCUGAUGUUAGCUGAGGUCAGUCAUCAUUAUUGGUCAUAUCUUCAAUUAACUUCAAUGUGAGGUCAGUCACCAUUAUUGGUCAUUUCUUCAAUGGGAGGCCAGUCAUCAUUAUUGGUCAUUUCUUCAAUAAACUUCAAUGUGAGGUCAGUCAUCAUUAUUGGGCAUUUCUUCAAUGUGAGGUCAGUCAUCAUUAUUGGCCAUUUCUUCAAUUAACUUCAAUGUGAGGUCAGUCAUUUUUGGUCAUUUCUUCAAUAAACUGCAACAACAAUUUUGGCACAUCUAGUCCAUUACUUUUGGGAGGAAAUAAAUUAAUUAUCAAAUUUCAUCAGAAGGUUUCAAGAUGAUGGCACAUUAUACUUGUUAGGAUAUCAUGUUCGUCCAUUUUCGUGACACCACAAGUGAUCACACCACAAGUGACACCACAAGUGAUCACACCACAAGUGAUCACACCACAAGUGAUCACACCACAAGUGAUCACACCACAAGUGACACCACAAGUGAUCACACCACAAGUGAUCGCACCACAAGUAUUGUUUUCCCCCCAUCAUUGAGUAGCCACAUUACUAAAUCAUAUUGACUGCACUGAAAUUACCCAACACUUCAAUGUACUGCUUGGGAGCAUGUUAACUUUUUACUGUUAAAAUAAUUGAUACAUCAAUUGACAAGACCAUAAUUUCGUUGCCUCCUCAGUUAUAUGUGAUCUAUUGUGGACAUAUGUUAACUCAGUAUGUUGUUCUCAGAUAGUUAGUACAGCUUUAGAACCUAGAGUGUUAUUUAGGGCACUUUCCCCACAGUGAAUUCCAAAUAACGCAAUAAGCUGUAUGAAAGAAAUGUGCACGGGCCUUGUUGUGUACGUACGGUCACCCGUCAUGCCAGGUCGGUUUCAGUUUUAUUAUUCAACCGUGAGCCUUGUUUCUCUGUUAAUGAAAAUUUCCAUUAAAUGUUAAUGUGUAAAAGAAGUUUUGUUUUAAACUGUAAGAAUAGUAUCAACAGUUUGUGGUUGAUUAAAAGGGUGUUCACUGCCCAGUGUUUAUGAGUGUCAGUUUGUGACUAUGUGUAUGUACUCCAUAUUUAUGUUGCAAUCAACAAUAUGUGCAAAGCAGAUCUAAUGUGCACUCAUAAAUGUUUAUAUAUUUUAUUAGUGAGCAAUCGAUAGCCAUUCUUCGAGACAAACAGGUGGAUAUUGCUGAUCAAGUUAGGACAUUGCUGGUCAAGUUAGGAUCAAAAAAGUAACCACCCGAGUGGUGCCACUCCUCGAGUUGUCCAGUCCCAUCCUCCCUCAUCACCCCAAUUAAUUCUGAGGGUUUAGUGAGCUCUUCAACACAAUUGAGUUUAGCUUCCAGCUUGAGAACGGCAGCAUUGUUACCUGUUUGCUCUGAUUUGAAACAUCACUGUGCUACAACAUCUUGGGCCAAUUGUUCCAUUUCUGAACUAAAGUGACGCCCCCUAUCUGAAAGUUACAGAUGUGUGAAUGUACCUUUAUUCCUUUAGUCUUCAAUAUCUUUAUUGUUGACCUGGUUGUAGACUUUCUCUCAAGGGGUUGAUGCUAAUAUUAUAAUUAUAUCACUGUUGACAAUACUCUUUACCGGGUUAGGGUUUAAUGUUACUUUAAACACUUCAAAAAUUUGACAAUUUGUGAAUCUGGAAUAGAGGUUGAUAUUUUGUUUCAUUUGUAGUCUGUAAUUUGCAUUAGAUUGUGCCUUGCUUUUUUUUUUCAGUCCUCAAGUUAGUCACUUGAAUUUUGUUCCAAUCUUUUUUGAACAUUUUUGCAUUUCUUUUCAGCAAGUAGAAUUUUUUUUGUGUUUAAAAAGUAAUAACAGCAAAAUAUUUUGCAAUUUUUACAAAGAUUUGUUUAGUCAACUAUGCAUAUUCUGUAACUGUAAAAUAGUUUUUAAAACAUCAAGCAAUUUACUCUUUGCCUGUGUAGUUUAUUGAUAUCCAUGAACCCCUGUCUUGCGUGCAACCAAUGGAAGACAAUCAGUGACAGAGCUUUUGAUGGGCCACUCACAGGCCCAUGCACUCUUUGUUCGCCUCUUGUGGGGACAAUCUGGUCUCCGCUCGUCUGACCCUGCCGGCUGUCCUCAUGACAAGAGGCAGGUUUUUAAUAGAUCAAUAAAAGAAAAUCACAUUUGGGAAAGCUUUUGGAAACUCAUCACAAAGUCACUAACUUAACUGGCAAUUUGAUUAGUAACUUAACUGUUAAUUUGAUCACUUACUUUACUGUUAAUUUGAUCACUUACUUUACUGUUAAUUUGAUUACUAUUCUGAUCAUUUCAUGACAGGAAAUGUUCAUAAUAUAUAGAAAAUUGUCUCCAGUGAAUAACAGAUGCAGCUCCUAGACUUUUAUAAAGAUUGAAAAACCAGGCAAGGGGCUAAUAUUAUUAAUUUUAUAAGAUGUACAUGAUUAACUGUGUUGUCAGAACGUUUACACUUCAAAAUGUUUUUUAUGAGUCCUUGAUAUACUCCGCGGGUCAGGCUGACCUAGAUUGUGCAUCCAACACUGUGUUACGGUCUGAACUACAUUGCAGAGUUUUAUUCCAUUUCACAAGAACGGGUUCAUUUUAAAUUUGUUUUGAAAAGACCUUUAUGUGAGCAUGUUAUUUCCUUAAAGCAAAACACAUAUUAUAUUUGAUAAUGGUAAAAUAUGCAGAUGUAGGCUGUCUGUAUCAAAGUAUGCUUCAGUUGUCUGCAUCUGAACACUAUGACAUACAGUGUAUUUGGCGCAGUUCAGUUUGUUUACCUGGCAAAGCUCAUUUGUAAACCAGUCAGAGUUUCUACUAUUGUUCUACUGGUCCUCGGGUCUGAAUGUAAACAUGUGAUGUCCACUGAGUGUGUCAGUCAUGGGUGUUUAAACCCCCCAACGGUCAUUGUCUGGUGUUAAAACCUAAACCCCCCCCAAUGGUCAUUCUCUGGUGCUUAUACCCAAACCCCCCAAUGGCCAUUCUCUGGUGUUUAAACUCCCAGUGGUCAUUCACAGGUCUCGCUGCAUCAGGACAUGAUCUUUAUGGGUCAUUAUUGAAACACUGGUUCUCUUAACUUAUAGACUGGUUUAAGUCUAUUAGAUCAAAAUAUCUAUUUGCUACAACACAUUUUUUAUGCUAUGUUAAAAGUAAAAGCAUAAUGUCUUAUUGUAAUUAAUGCUCGAAACAAAAGAACAAAUCUUGCUUUGAAAAAUCUUUUCUUAAAUUGUAAAAAAAAGUUAUGCUUUGAGUAUUCUACAAACUGUAAACAAUGAUAAAGUAAUGUAAUACUUGUACAGUAAAGUAAUUGUAAAUGUUAUAGUUUUACAGUUCAAUUGUUAGAAGAGCAAUCUCAUGUAACAAUGUUAUGAUUUCACUCUGUACUCAUUUCACUGUUGGGUUUGUGUUGCCGUUGACAUAGACAUCGUGUGUUGACAUUAUCAAAGACAUCAUGUGUUGCAAUUGUCAUAGACAUCAUAUGUUGAUGAUGUCAUAGGUGUGAUUUGUUGAUACUGUCAUAGACAUCAUGUGUUGGGUCAUAUAAAAUCAUUGAUUUAUGCUCACUUCAAUUUUAUUUAUAUUUUCAUUCCACUCUAGAAAUAUUUUAUUAAUUUAAGGAAAUCGCUUUUAUGAAUCUUCUCUUUUAUUAAGAUUUUUUUUGGUUCUUUUAUCGCUUGACCAAUGUCCAGGACUUGAGUAUCCUAGCAACCAUCUUUUUUUUACAGUUUGAAAUGUUUGUUCAAAUGAUUCGUUCAUGUCCAGAUCCAUUUCAUCCAUCGUAUCCCACAGAUCCUCUCUGAAUGUUCCCUCGUUAAAUUAUGUCUACGAUGUUGUAGGUCAACUUUCUUGCCUCUCAGUCGAUACAAUCUUUCAUAUGGAGUCUCACCAGCCUUUUUCUGCAUGUUAUCUUCUACAUUUUGUAACUUAACACAAGUUCAAGAUGUCUAAUGUUUAGCCACAAUGUCAUCUAUUCAAAUACAAAUAGAGUUGUGAAGUUUUAUUUAUGACAUAAACUGACACAUGUAAACUCCUAUUUUAAUACAAUGGUUUAAGUGCGCUUUGGUUGUACCAUUAAUAUCAUUUGAUAUAUUGCAACAUAACGCUUAUGUUAAUCUUAGUGCUUUUAAUUUGUAUAGAAAUUGCUGGGUUAGCAACUCUUAUAAAAGCAAACUGUUGCUUUUUUUUUCUGUUUUUUUUUUAAAUUAGACAUAUUUUUUUUUAUUUGCUGAUUCAAUUUUCAAGAAUCUUUUCUUUUUUUGUUGCUUGUAAUCCUUAUUCCAAUCUUUAUUUAGUUAGCUAGAUAGAUUUGUUUUACUAGAUUUAGGUUUUUAAUGUAGAAACGUCUUCCUUCAAACCAAUAAAUUUUGCUCAAUAAACGUGCUAAAUCUAUUUUUACUAAUCUGUCAAAAUUUACGAAUGCAUUUUUUAAAAUCUAGGCUUAACGAUAAAUUAUGGAGAAAAAUGUCAAAUCUGUUAUUGUUAUUUCAGCCAAACCUUUCAAAUAAUAUUAAUCGUUUCAAAAAAAAUUUAAGAAGUUUUUAUUUUUAGAAAUAUUUUAAUCAAGCACCAGACAAACUUAAAACAUGUAUCUUAAAAUUACUUUUUCAAGAUUUGAUUUAAUUGGAUUCUGAACUGAUCUAUCGUUAUCAUAACACUCAGAGGGUCAUGUGAUAAUUUUCAAAGAUGAAUUGACCGCCAAAGACCCAUUAAACACAUUAGUACAAUAUGUCACAUCUUUCACUUUCUGGACCUCUGGUCUGUGACACCUGAUCCAGAACUAUUAUCUCAUACAGGCGUGGCCAACCCAAAACACCUCACACGCCCGUAGCCCAUUUUAUCACGCACACCCGUAGCCCAUUUUAUCACGCACACCCGUAAGCCAUUUUAUCACGAGGUAUUUCUCCAUGGGCCACAUGUCUUGUCCCUAUACACAAUUAAAACAACUUACACAGUAAUUUAUUUAUUCUUAAUUUACAUAAUUUUAAAAUGGCAAUCCAUCCUUAUGGCGGCACAUAAAUAAAUAAAUAUUCAUUUGAUUAAGAUAUAACUUAGUUUUAUUAAAUAAAAUUAUAAUUUAAAAAUGCAUUUGUAACAAUAACGAUCAGGAACGUAAAUUAAAAGAAGAAAUUUGUGAUUCAUGUUGCAUCCGAAAGUUGAGAUACAUUUUUUGAAUCAUCUAUUUAAUUUUGUUUGUUUAGGACAGCUGACCUAAUUAGGACCUCUGUAAAUGCAGGUUAAUUAAAUCAGCUCAUGGAGUAUAUAUAAUGUGGUCAACUUUAAAGUUUGAUGUGAAGCAAUGUUUUGCAAUUGUAUUUCUCAAGUAUGUCAUUUCCUUUAAAUCACCAGUUAGGAACCACUUAUAUAAUUCUUGUUUGAUGUAUCUUUAAUGUUUAAAAAUUCUUUGAUAUAUUCAUAUACAUUCAUUUCAAGCUUUUUGUCUAUACAUUUGUAUAGGAAAUAAAUACAAUUUUAAUGUCAGGUGGAUUUUAAUUGACUCAUUCCUUUACUCA